UAUAAAGGCUGAGACUUGGAAGUUAUCUGCUCAUACCUCCAGACUUGGUCUUUACUUGGUCACCAACCUGCUGCGCGAGGCUGAGAGCAUCUACCCAUCAGCACUGCGCGCGCUCAACAGACACUUUGGACACUUCCCAGACAGACGGCCAACUACAUUACCAUGAAGUCGACAUGUCUGCUCAUCCUGGCUUCUCUCGUGGUCUGCAACCUGACCGAGUCUGGAGGACAGGACAUCCCUGCUGAGGACGAGACGGACGGGAGGAGGACCAUAGACGACAUCAUCCUGCAGAAAGCAGAGAGUCUCCUGUUAAGGUCCAUCCUCAAAAAGAUGCAGGAGGAAGACGGCAGAAACGAGGGAUCUUCCUUUCAGACAGAAUGGGUGACAAAACGACAGCAUCCCGGUAAGAGAUACAGCGAGGACUUGGAGAAGCGCCAGCAUCCUGGGAGGAGAGAAGAAGGCGAGGACGAGCAGCAGCAGUUCUUGGACCUUCAAAAGAGACAACACCCGGGCAAACGCGAAGAUGAAAUGCACUCGUUCAUGCAGCUGCAGAAAAGGCAGCACCCGGGAAAACGCUUCACGAUGGAAACUGAAAACCCUGUGAUGCUCCUGAGUGAACUUUCCAAACGACAGCAUCCUGGAAAGAAGCGCUAUGUGGUGCUGCACAGCAAACGCCAGCAUCCAGGUAAGCGCCAUCAGGACGAGGAGGAGGAUGAGGAUGAUGAUGACUGGGAUGCGGAUGGAGAUGAAGAAGACCUCGCUGGAUUGGAAAAGCGUCAGCACCCUGGAAAACGGUUUUGGGAUAACUCCAGUCCGGAUUUAGGCACGAACAGUCCAUGUGAUGUUUUGGACCCUACGAGCUGCAGCAAGACCAGUUUGCUGCUCGACUUUUUAGACAACAUUAACAAGAGUCACGCCGAGGAGAAGAGACAACACCCGGGCAAAAGGUUUGCACCAGAGGAGGAUUUAGUGGAGGAGGGAGAGUAGCUUAGAAUAAAGUCUGGUAUGUGUGUGUGUACUGUUGUGUUGUAAACAAAUAAAUGUGUAAAUGAAGUGACCAUAAUGAAUUAUUAAAAAUGAUAAAAAAUAAUUUACAUCAUUUAAUCUUUUGUGCCACAGACAACAACAACAAAACAUGUAUCUGCUGUCUGUUUCUUUGGAGAGCUUGUGCGUAAUUGUCCUCCAAAUAUCGCUGUAAAUAUGGGUUUCAUAUAAGAGUACGUUGUGUAAUGGAAAUUCUGUCAAUAUUCCAAGAUGAGUCCUAAUAAUGAACGUUGAAAUAAGGAUCUCAAACAGAUGAAAUGUCUUUGUUGUAUUUUAUUCUUGCAAGAAGAGGUACUGGUUAUACAGAGUCACACAAAGUCUGCAGAAGAGUGCACUCCAGGAGAUUAUUACAAUGUGAUUAUAUAGAAAUCUACAACAGGGACUGUGAGAUAAGGAGUUGUUUAACACAGAUAAGGAGUUGUUUUACUCAGACAGUGUCCCAGUAAAAGUAAACACUCAGUACUUUCCCACUACAUGAGACAAAGAGCACACAGACAGUAACUUUCCACUGUUGCAUAAAGAGACAUCAUUACAUACAAUGUGAUUUUCCAUUACAGUUGCCAUAUGUUGAACUUUUCAUUAUUAUUAUUACACUUAUUUAGUAUUUAUUCCGUUAAUUAGGCUUACUUAUGUUAAAAUAAGUCCAAAAAUGAAAGCAUUAGUCUCCUGGCUUUUGUGAUGUUGCCUCUGUGAGGCAGCACACGCUCUUCAGUAUACAGUACAUGCUGAAAACGUUUACAGCUUUGCAGAGGACAUCCCUUCAUUGAUUGAUUUGUGUUUCAUUCUUUUCUACUCAUGUAAAAAUAUAAUGAAUACCACCGCAAAUAAAAAAUGUCAUUAAUUAUUUUUCUAUUAUUGCAUGGAUUAAGUUGAUUCAACCCUAAUGUUGUAAAUUAAAAAGCUAUACCUUUGCCUUAAAGUCAACCACCAAUGUUUUUGUUGGACAAUAAAACGCAUUGGUAAAAAUGUA